GGCCAGUCCCCUCCCCUCCACCCCACCUCCGCUGCACCCUCCUCUCCACGCUGGGACGCGACAGGAGAACGGAGAUCACCGCGGCUGCGUAGCCGCCACCGGAUUGCCGUAGUUCCGCUCGUGCCUGAUUGGUGGGUUUCGGGCGGUUGAGGGAUGAGCGACACCGCCCCCGGUAAACGAAGAGCGGAUGCGGAACCGCAGCAAGAAGAGAGUUGCCGCAAGAGGAAGGAUGGCGCCGCCACCAGCGUCACCGUGGAGCUAGAGGUCCUCGACUGCCCCGCCUGCUAUGAGCCCCUGCGGCCUCCAAUAUUUCAGGAGAUAGAGAACAACCCCUUGGAUGUCAAGUUGUCCACAUUGCAAAACAAAAAAAAGAAGAAGCGCAAGGCCUCUUCUUCUUGUAAUGAAGAGAAUGAUGAUAAAAACACAAGCCCGUUCUUGCGGUUAUACAAGCAAACUUGCAGCAAGAUAGAAGGAGUGGAGAAGAUAACCACAAGUGUUGAAGCUUCAUCAGCUCCUCCUAUGCAUAGCACAGUUCCUCCUAUGCAUAGCACAGUUCCUUCAAUUGCAGAGACUAUGAAGCUGUUGAAAGAGUGUGGAGUGGAAGAAAAAACUGCACUUAUGCAUACAUCCGCGAUGCUCAUCAUGAAGCCUGAAAUUAGAGAGCUCCUCAACUCAUUUGAAACGAUCGAAGGGAGACUUGAUUGGUUGAAGAGGGAACACGAGAUGAAGCAGCUGCCAUGAUCCUUUAUGUUUUCCCUUUUUUUUAAUUAUCUAUCAUGCAUAAACUAUUGUGUUUGGAACCAUUGUGGUUGGAACUAUUGUGUUUGGAAGUAUUGUGUUCCUGAUUGCUGAUUUGGACAUUUUGGCCAUUUGGUGGGCUGCAUGCAGGAUAUGUUGAAAUAUUUUGUCUCGUUUAA